AUGACGGCCAACAACCUCACCGCCCCGCCCUCUCCCCCUGCCCGUGCCGCCGCCGCCGUCGACGACGACUUGGUGCCUUCCCUGCACGCCCUCACCACCGCGACGCCCACCACCCAAGACAAGGCCGCGCGCUCGCUCGACACCACAGCCAGCGCCGUCUCGCUCAAGGAAGCCGUGGCUCUGACGAGGGACCCGCCGACUGCACAAAGCACCGCCGACCGCCCCGAGCAACCGCCCCCGUCUCCAGAAGCAGAGACUCCCGUCGCCACGCUGCCAGCCAUGGGCAAAGCAAUGGGUAGUCCUCCCUCCGAGCGGCGGCCCUCCACCCCUCGCGCGCAGACGGAACCGGCGCCCUCCUUCGACAUGCUCCCUACCCACACCCCGCGCGCUCGCAACCGCUCACCCUACUCGCGCUCCCACCUACGGUCCUCCAGCGGGUCCAGCCUUGUCUUCGCUCCACCCAUGAUGCGCGCCCACUCCCUCCCAACCGUCAUGAACCCGACCGGCCACCUUGCCCUGUCCCCCUCCCCAGUCCCCGCCCGACCCUCGUCGCCGCUGCGCUCUCCCAAGCGGACGCGGAGCCCACGCAGCCAACCUACACUCUACGAGGAUUCCUACGCACAUUCCGGAGCACCAAGCGUGUGCGACAUCUCUGAGGAUGCGGAGCUUGAAUUGACCCCAAAUAUGGGCACCGCUCAGCCUUCACCCAUCUCAAGCUUGUACAGCAGCACCAGCUCCCUCUCCAGGCGAAGGAGGCCCGCCUCCCCGCUUCACCAAGUUGCCUUCGGAGGGGCACCCAUGGCACCACCGGUCCGGACGCCUACCUCAGGCUCGCCUUCGCCGUUGCUGUCAGCCGCCAAGUUCAACGAGCCAUUCCCUGGCAUGAGCUCGCACUACCCCAUCUCGCUCUCCUCAUCAUCCGUGCCCCCUUCGAUCUCCUCGCUCGAGACGAUCCCAGACACGCCUGAUGAGGAAGAGGAGGCCAUCGAGGCAGACCGCAUUGCCAAGUUGAAGGCCGCCGCUGAUCGCGAGGAAGAGCGAAACAGCGGCCGGCGAUCGAGUCUCGAUGUCCCCGGUGGCAGCGGACGGGCCUUUGGGUUCGGCAAGCGAGAUUCUAGAAAGAGGUGGAGUGUCUGCGGCGCUGAGAGGCGCGGAGACCUCGACCUGGAGACCAUCUGGGAAGACUGA